AUGCGUGGGGAGAAAAGGGGGGAAAGACGAGGAGGAAACGCAAGGCCAGCACCUACAGCAAAGGCGAGACAAGACGAGGCGCAGUGGCAGCGGCUAAGGCGAGACCGCGAGGGGCGAGUGACAACGCAGUCCGCGGGCGGGCGCGGCGCCACGCCGUCCAAGGAAGCCACCGACGCGCGCGCGCGCGCGCGCCGGAAGAACAGUGAAGUGGCAGGCCCCUCACGGAGCAGUGGCACCGGCGGCAGCCGGGCCGCCGGGAGCCAAGGCGGAGGCAGGGCGAGCGGCAGCAGGGUCAGGGCUCUGGGCGAGGCGGGCGCCGAGCUCGGGCGCGCGGCGGGCAGCAGGCGGGGGGGGCGCAGAGGCGGCAGCGAGCAAGGAGCGCGCCAGAGUGAGGCGGGCGGUGGGGCGGCGAGGGGCCAUGACCAAAAGGGCGCUACUGGCGGGGAGGGCCUGCACCAAGAAGGCGACGGGGUGGAGCGAGGGCGGGGCUGA